AUGAAUGAAGCAAUUCUAGAAUUUGAUGAAGCAAUUCUAGACAUGAAUGAAGCAAUUCCAGACUUGAAUGAAGUAAUACCAUACUCGAAUGAAGCAAUUCCACACUUAAAUGAAUUUAUGGAUUUGAACCAAGAGCCUCGGUCAUGCUACAUUCAUCCAUUAAUGGAUGAAAUUCCACUCGUGUUUCAUCCAUACGUCUCACGUAUACAAAAUGUUAAGGGUGAUGGACAUUGCGGAUUUCGAGCAAUAUCUGUUUGUCUCGGGUAUGGCAAAGAUCAAUGGCUCUACGUUCGAAAACAACUAGUAAACGAGUUACAGAGUGCAUCCGAUGUAUAUGCUACGGUUUUCACAGAUGGAAUCCAAGAAUUUUGGACCUCAUUGUAUUUCUUUGGACCAAAGGCACCAAUAGAACAUUGGAUGCUUAUGCCUGAAACAUAUAUUCUAAUUGCUAACGGGUUUGGCGUGGUCCUUACUUUCUUAACCAAGCAUGGUUCCUUAACUUUCUUUUCUCUUUGGAAAGGUCCGAAAGAAUUAUUGGACCAUCAGAUUAUUACAAUUUCACUUGUACAUGGUAAUCAUUAUGUUAUGAUACAAUUAAAAGGAGAUUUUCUGAUGCCUACUAUUUCAACUUACUGA